AUGGCCAUACAAAACAAUUUGAAGGAGGCCAAAGCUUGGUUGGCGGCUGAAAAGCCCCAGCUCCCGCCGUCUUGGCUUGUGGACCUUUUGAAGAAGCCUGUCCAACCGCUGGCGCCUUUCAACUUCCCAUUAUCUGCAUCUUCAGCUACUCCUCUGCUACGAAAUGGCCUUUCCAAAAUUCCACAGGAAAAAAGCCAGCCGCAGCCGCUUCAGACAUCUACCCAGGCGUUGGUUUUGGAAGACUUGUCGGACUUUAGCGACAACGAAGACCUCAAACUCAUCGAUACAACCGAGUUGGGAUUGCCUCGCUUGAAGCGACAGGCGACCCUAGAUGAGCGACUACUAAAGAAACAGAAAGCACAUAUUCCAGAACAAAAUCCCCGGUCUGGCUCUGCAGAAAACGGGCUGAGCUCACCCCAACACUCGGGCAGCUUGCUUACGAAUGAAUCUCAUAAUACAACUAAAGGCUCCUCCCACAUCGCAGUGUCUAGCAUGCUGGCAAAUGCACAAAGUGCUUCACAUUCUCGGAAUCUUUAUAGCGCUCAGAAAAAUACCAGUCUGAAUAUCCUCAAUCAUGGUUCUAAUUUCGAAAACAAUACUCCCCAAACUGGUUCUGUCCAUCUACAAAGGGGAACAGCCAGUAGAAAUCCCAGUCUUCAAAUGCUGAAUGCACCUUCUAAUGGUAAACCACCAGUAUUUACCCAUCAAACUUCUUUCACAAGCAACAUAGAGCCUCUGCGAAAACUUACGCCGCAACUGUCUUCUUUGGCCAAUGACAGUAACGUUGCUCUGCUCCAGAACUACAUCCGCAUUUGUGAGAGUAAGAUCGCCUUGCUCUCUAAAUGGAACGCCAUCAACGAGUCUACAUCUCUUUCUCUCGAUGCAAAGAACUUGUGGCAUACCAAUAAUUUUUUGCCACAACUACAGAAAAUCGAGGCUUCUCAACAUGCACUAAGGUCCUCCUUCUCUUUCCUUGAUCCACUUCCUGCAACACAGAAUCUAUCUAAAAUCUCUACUUCAAGCCCGAAUCUCUCUAAUCUCGCAUCAGGAUCCAUCCUUUCACCCAUCCAUACUACUGUUCCUCAAAGUCCAUCUGUUGAAGUAACGGAGAAGAGAAACGAGCAAAAUCAUGUUACUGAUAUAAGGACCUCCGAUGAUGACAUGUCUGGAUUUCUGCAGAUUCAUCAUGUUACUUCUCCCCUAAAUGUAAUGUCUCCUCCUGCAAUCCCUCCAGAGAUUUCUGUGGAAGCGACUAAAACGAGUACUGAAAGUGAGUACAAAUUGAAUAAUGCCGAAGCUAGAAAUUUCAUUAUGGAAAGACGAGCGGCCAAGCCACUUCCUGUCUCACAAACUGUGAUAGACGAUGAGCUUGAAGACGAUUUUGGAGAACAAUUCAUGGACGGGUUACAUUCCUCUCAAGUCGACGAUGCGGCAACAGAUCUCAGUGGAUUUUUGGCCAGAGAUGACGAAGAUCUUUCCUCAGUGGAUGGAACUUACAUGACACAACCAAUGAGUCAAACAAAAAGCGACAUCGACGAAGUAGAAAGUGACGAACCGAAUGAUACAAAAGACGAUGAUUUGCUAGAUGAAAUGAGAGAUAUUGUUCUUUCACAAGAUGUGGCACAACGUUAUGGGGUCAAGUACGAUAAUGUGGAGCCUAUAGAGAUUUCAGACCACGAAAUUGAGGAGGAAAAUGAAAACGAAAAUGAUGAUGAAAAUAUGGCAGACUUCACCACUCAGCUCAAAGAGGGACAUGACGAAGUAGUCGAAAUAACAUCUGAAGAUGAAAUCCCUGAUGCUGAUCUCAAUGUUUUAACUGAACUUCUGCAGUCGCGACCGCUCAAGAUAGAAGUUGUAAGUGAAAGUGAUUUCAGUGACGAUGACCAAGAGUUGAUUGAGCUUUCAAAAUCCGUUGGGACCAAGAAGCCAGGAGAGGGCAAAACUAUUCCUCCAAACUCAGGACAUUUUAUUGAUGAAGUAUAUGAUGUCCUUCAUAAUGUGUUCAAACUUCCUGAUUUUAGGCCAAACCAAUUAGAAGCUGUGGUAGCAGCGUUAAAUGGGAAAGAUGUUUUUGUUUUGAUCCCCACAGGUGGAGGAAAGUCUCUCUGCUAUCAACUACCUGCUCUUGUCAAGGGAGGAAAAACAAGAGGUGUCACCAUAGUUAUCUCUCCGUUGAUUUCAUUGAUGCAAGACCAGGUCCAACAUUUGAGAGAUCGCAACAUUAACGCCGCAAUGAUUAGUUCCAGAGGAACUACGGAAGAAAAGCACGCAGCGAUUAGAGAAUUGACAAGCGGUCAACUUGACUUAGUGUACUUGUCACCAGAAAUGGUGAACUCAUCAAACAUGAUUCAGCGUGUUCUCUCGAAAUUGUAUGAGAGCAACAUGUUAGCCAGAGUUGUUGUGGAUGAAGCACAUUGUGUGAGUUCGUGGGGUCACGAUUUCCGACCCGAUUACCAAGGUAUGAGCUUGUUCAAGGAGAAGUUUCCUGAAGUCCCUAUAAUGGCACUAACGGCCACGGCAAACGAAAAAGUACGAUUGGACAUUGUCCACCACUUACGAAUGAAAAAUUUGGUCUUGUUAAAGCAGAGUUUCAACCGAACCAAUUUGUUCUACGAGGUGCGCAACAAGCCGCCGAAUUUGUACGAAUGGAUUCGUGAUUAUGUUAUGGGAAAGAUGGCUGGGAAAACCGGUAUUAUUUAUUGCCAUUCUAAACAAUCUUGCGAGACCACAGCGCAAAAACUUAAUGAUUGGGGUAUAAAAUGCAUGUACUAUCAUGCUGGGAUGGACCCUAAUGAGCGCUUUGACGUUCAGACUCAAUGGCAGCACAAUAAAAUUCAGUUGAUUUGCGCCACAAUAGCAUUUGGCAUGGGCAUCGAUAAGCCCGAUGUUCGAUUUGUCAUUCACAUGUACAUUCCCAAAUCAUUGGAAGGUUAUUACCAGGAAACAGGACGUGCUGGAAGAGAUGGGAAGGAGAGUGAGUGUAUCAUGUUCUAUUCAUACAAGGAUGCGAGGGCACUCCAGAGUUUAAUUCAACGAGAUCGGAAUUUGGAGGAGAGUGCCCGUGAAAGUCAUCUUUCAAAACUUCGCCAGGUCGUACAAUAUUGCGAGAACAAAACAGAUUGUCGACGGAAACAAGUUCUUCAUUUUUUCAAUGAAUCUUUUGAUCCGGCUAACUGCGCUCGCAAGUGUGACAAUUGUUGCAGCGAUGUUGUUUCCGUGACUCGCGACGUGACAGAACACUGUCUGAAUAUUGUGAAAAUGGUUCAGUCGCUUCAAGCCGACAAGGUGACGGUGAUUCAUUGUCAAGAUGUUUAUAAGGGAUCUCGUGGAAACAAGAUUUUAAAGCUUGGCCACCAUGAAAAUCCGUACCAUGGAAAGGGAAGGGAGUUGGACCGGGGUGAUAUGGAGCGAAUUUUCUUCCACUUGCAAAGUCAAGACUGCUUGCUUGAGUACCAAGUAAUGAAGGGCGGCUUCGCUUCUACGUAUGUGAAAUUGGGACCUAAUGCUAACUCAGUAUUGAGCGGACGAAACCGCGUGCAACUUUCUUUUGCACAAAACAGCAGACCAUCGACAGGAAACUCGAAUAGGGCACCUAGGCUCACUGCUCUGGGAAACGGCUCUGGGAUUGGGCAUUUGCGUUACCAAGAGUCAUUUGUCAGUGCUAGGGAAGUGCGUUACGAACAAGAAAAAGAAAACAUCAAUGUUGAAAGAAGCAGUAGCAAGAUUACAUUGGAGAAGCAUACAUUCGAUGGAGCGGUGAAUGCAAGCAAUGAGCAAGCUGUGGAGCAGGCGUAUCACGAGCUACGUAAUUUACGACUUCAAAAGCUGGAGGAACUUGGCUACGGGCGGCCGCAUUUUUUCAUGAGCGAUACUCUCUUGAAGGAGAUGGCAGUCAAGCUCCCCACAAACGCCCGUGACUUUGCCAAGUUGCAGAACAUCAGCAAGGACCAAGUGUCGCAUUUCCAGUACUUCAAGCGUCUUCUAGGAACAUUGUCGCGUGAGCGGAAGCGCCAAUCCUCACAAGGAGACUCGGCGACGCAGCAUUCAACAUUUACACAGGCAAACAGCACUAUAAGCGAGCACGCUUCGCCGUACUUCCAAAGGCUGGGGCCAGGUUCGCAGGUGAGGAAGAAAAGUCAGGGAAGAAAGCAACGGCGUCCUGCCCAUCGCAAACAGGCAGAAACAAGAAAAGGGACACCUAGCCAAGUUAGGCAGAUGCCCAUAUAG